UUGUGGCAUUGCACGUCAGUAGGACACAAUGACAUUGAAGGAAAGUCAUUAAAUGUCCUUGCAUUGGCUAGCCAAUACAAAAUAAAAAAUGACAUGUCUAUGUCAUGUCAUAUACAUACAUGAUAAAAUGAAUACAUUUGAAAACAUUAAAAAUUAAGGCAUGUAUACAUGGAAAGACUUCAUGAAGUGAGACCCUAGCCACAUAUUGAAAGAAAGCAUUUGCAGUGUAACUGACAAGGGUCACUAUCCAGCUUGUCUGAAAGCUCUCCUAGAGUAAGAGGGACAGGAGGCUGCCUGCGGUGCCCUCCCCACCCUGUGAAGGCAGAGGGACCCAAGCAGAGCACCAAGCCCAGAACGAGGAACUCAACGCACAUCUGUCCCUGAUCCAAGGUCCACACAUCCCCAUCAUUCAGCAGGAGGCAGGUGGAGAGCGUUCCUGGGCUCAGGCUUGGGCUGGGUGCAGGAUGGUGUGGGGAGGGCUCCAGCCUGACCCUCCCAGGGGAGCAGGGCCUGCCCCAUCCCCUCUCCCUGCCAUCAUCACUUUCCCUUUCCCUUUGCCAGCAGCCUGGGUCCUGCUGCACAGAGGAGCCUGUCUCCAGCAGAGGUCAGCUCUGUCCAGAGGGAGGGCCCCAGAGGAGGAGAGAAGGUGGGUCUGAGGCUGAGGAAGAGCACACCCCAGGGCCCGCCCACCCCUGCAGCCAAAGCAGGAAGGAGGUGGGGCCUCAGCUGAGAAGACUGGGAGUUUCUCCAUCCAGGGACUUUCCUAAACCUGGGCCUGUGAGCAGAAAUGCAGCACCAGCGCCGGGGAACAAGGGCAAGGCCCAGGCAACACUUCACUGCGGUGCCCUGGCCCAGGAACCCAAUGAGAUGGUUUAGUCUUGAGUAUUUCUACUUUCACUUUACAAACUGGCCUAACCCCAAAGGUCGCAAUGGCUGCUACCUCUGCUACCAAGUGAAAAGAACAGAGAAGGGCUUUUCCUUGGACAUGGGCACCGGGGUUUUUGAAAAUGAGUUCUAUCCCAAGAAGCCCAUCCACACAGAAAUCUGCUUCUUGAAUUGGUUCAAGACCCAGCAAGCAUUCUUGGCCCAGAACCUGUCCCGUGAGGAGAAAUACCAUGUCAUGUGGUUCAUGUCCUGGAGCCCCUGCUUCCAAUGUGCCAGGCAGGUGGUCGCGUUCCUGAAGGACCACAAGUACGUGCAGCUGAGCAUCUUCGUUGCCCGCCUCUACUACUCCAGUCGCCCCCAGUACCAGCAGGGGCUGCGCAGCCUGCAAGGCGCAGGGGCCCAGGUGGCAAUAAUGACUCCAGCUGACUUUGCCUACUGCUGGGACAUCUUUGUGGAUGACCCCCUACAACCAUUCCGGUACUGGAAAGGAAUAUAUUUAAACAGUUGCAGCCUAUCUAAGACUUUGGUGGACAUUCUCAGGAAUCUAGAAAAUUAAAGGAUGGACUUCAAUCUCUCUAAACAAGUGGGGAGACUUCUGGUGAAUGCGGAAUAAAACACUUUCUUCAAGAAGUAAAAACGGCCCUAGCUGGUUUGGCUCAGUGGAUAGACCAUCGGCUUGCGGACUGAAGGCUCUCGGGUUCGAUUCCAGAUAAGGGCACAUGUUGGGGUUGCGGGCUCCAUCCCUGAGCAGGAGGCAGCCGAUCAAUGAUUCUCUCUCAUCAUUGAUGUUUCUAUCUCUCUCUCGCUCUCCCUCCCACUCUGAAGUCAAUAAAAAAAAUAAAAAAAUAAAAACAAGUAAUAAAAACUCAUAAUUCGCCACCAUCUCCAAGUUGAUCAAAAGAAACCAGCAAAAGGCAAUGAAUGAGCUCAUUAGGAAUUUUUAAAACUCUGAUUGAUUUACUUUUCAUUUAAAAUCUAUGAUAUGGUCCCAAUACACACCAGUAACAUUCUAUUCAUUACUAUCAGAGUCAUUUUUAUAUUUAGAAAAUCAAUUAUUUACAUUGAUUUUAAGUCCAAAGCAAUAACAUGAAAGAUUAAGAAUCUUCCACAAAUGUGUUUGCCUCUGUAAGUGUUCCAUGAAGUCCAAACAGUUCAAUAAACACCUGCAGAAGUGAAAAUGCCUUUCUCUUCUGUAGGAACCUCGCGGGAGGGCGGUGGCCACACUAACUGCCACUGGCCACGUAAAGUCAGCAAUAUUUAUAGGAGCAGAAGCUCAAACCCAAAAGCCUAAACGCAUCGACCACGGAUGUGCUGAGAGUAGUGCUGUGUUGAAACGACAGCCCAUGCGAUAGGAGAGGAGAGAGGCUCAGGGUCACUAUUGGGAAGAGCAAUUGAAGUUGACAUUGGCUGAGGGGAGGGCUGGGGAUUACUGUGUCCUCAGGCCUUUCCAAUUCCAGUCCCUGGAGAGGACGCUGGAGGGAGGGGCUUCCCUGCAGACAGGAUCCCUCUGCCCUUCCCAGGACCUGGCCACGCAGGAUGCAGUGCAGGCAGCGGCUGUCUGUCCUGCCGUGUCUCUGUGGAGCCUGAAUCAUGCUGAGCGAUCCCCUGGCAGGUGGCAUCCUGCACACGGCCUUCCAGGCAACGAAGGCUCCAGGUCUCUCACCACAGGCUUCUGCUCACAUGUCCGGACCCCCCUGUCACAGCCUCACACAGGACUGUGAGGGACUGGGACUGAGUCCUUUAGUUUACAGACAUUGGAGGGAUGGAGAAUAAGGACAGUCAUAGGCCUGUGGCCAAAGCAGUAGGAGGGGACUGAGUCAGGAGGACACAGAGCCAGAGGGAGACUUGAUAGACAACGUGACCUGAGGAGA